AUGGCGGCUCUACGGAGUUGGCUUUCUCGGAGCGUAUCCUCGCUUUUCAGGUACCGCUGCGGUUGUGUAGGAGGUCAGGGUCGUACGGAGAGUGGGAACGCUGAGAGCGCCGUAACCAGACUGCACCCCCAGCGUUGCGGGCUCGCGCUUCGCUGCUCGGCCGAGCGGGUCACGGCGUCCCACCCCUCUCGGAGUUUUGAGGACGCCCCGCCCCUACUCCGGCUCUGA